AUUGUGGCAUUUAAGGGCAAAUGGAAGGAGAAUUAGGACUUCUUGGUACUGUUUGAGCAGAGAAGACAGAUUUUGUACUAACUUGCAUUUUGUAGCUAUACUCUUGAGCCUCUUGCAAAAAGUGUUUGUCACAAGUUGCAUCUGCUCUCCAGGUAGGGUUUAUAUAGAAGUAUCACUGAAAUAUGUGAGAAUAAAAACAUUUAACCUCUCACACGUGCGCCAUCAAUUGACCUCGCGAGCACCGUGCGUCAUAUAUCCAGUGUAAAUCAAACCUCUCGCGACAGUUUUAUUUCAACCGCGACAGCGAGAACAAAACACGGUGGAGGAGAAGACAAAAUGGAAGGUUGUGUAGGCUUCGUCUUAUGAUAGGACACAGCUGGAUAACCAGAAAGGUCCAGGAGUCUGGUCCCAAAGCCCCAUGUGUACUUCCAAACCCAGCGCCUGAGCCAGUGAAGGUUGACCUACCCAGUCUUCCCCCCAGGACAAGUAGACACAUGGAACAGAAGACCACUCUCCAUGCUGCCCCUAAGGCCAGACCUAGCCAGCCGAGCCAGAGCAGCUCAGUGCCAGACAUCCUCAACUGCAUGCUGAAAGACACAACUGCCGAGCACAGAGCUCACCUGUUUGACCUCAAGUGCAAGAUCUGCACAGGUCAGAUAUCAGUCGAGGAUGAGUCCGAGCCUUUAGCCAAUAAGCCUAAACUCUCUGGGUCAUCGUCGUCCUCCACCAAACCAGACCAAUGGAGAGACAGGCCGUCUCGGCCAACCUGGAUGUAUGCCAGAACAGAUCUCAGAACAGAGGAGAGAGGAUGGAGAACUCCAGCUGGAGAUGAAUCACCCCUCCUUGCACCCCCCCGACUCCCCCACCAUGGAAUCCUCUGCUUCCCCCAGUAAUGGAGGAUGACCCUGCCUUAACCAUCACGGAAUCCCCCACUUCUCCCACAACGGAAUCUCCAGCUUCUCCAACAAUGGAAUCUCCCGCCUCCCCCAUUUUGGAAUCCUCUGCCUCCCCUGUUAUGGAUUCUCCCACCUCCUCUAUUCCAGAAAACUGCAAAGCCAAGACACCGUCCAGAAUUUAUACCCCAUUCAUGAUCCCGGCUGUUUCUACGGUAACCAUCACAAGGCGUGACCCCCCGCCCCAUUGGCAACCCUUCUGCUGCUCUGUAUGGUGACCAUCGCACAGCUGACAACUGCACUCCUGCCAUGGCAAGUGUCACCUUGUCUACAGCCCCACUUCCACCAGUCUUUUAUGCCCCUGUGAAACAUAGUGGUACUCUGAGCAAGCCAUUCAUGCCCUUGCCACCCCCCAUCCCUGCCACCAAUGCCAGCAUUACCCAAAUCUAUCCUGAUGAAGCCAUCCUCCUCAUCGUUCUAUGGUUCAUCUGGAUCAUCUGCAUCCUCUUCAAGGGCUAUGAACUCCCACACCCCUCCAGACGGGGAGACAGCCCAGUUCCUGGCCAAGCAGGAAGUAGUGUGGAAGGGCUUCCUCAACAUGAUCAGCGUGGCCAAGUUCGUCACCAAGGGCUAUCUGGUCUCAGGACCCUCCGUAUACCUCAAUGAGGACCUGCCUGAUACCAUCAACUGUGUGGGACUACAUCGGGAGAGUGAAGGCCUCUGUUACAAAGG